AUGGAGCCCAGCCGACAGGGAGGCAGGCAGCCAGGGCCCAUCACAACGCAGGCUCCCGGCGUGCAGUGGGGAAUAAAGUGGGCCUCCUUAGGUCAGCACCAGAGAAAAAGAUUUUUUCUCCUUAUUAUGUUUGGCCUGCGCUGGCUCCAGUCACUCAAUCACACACGCCCCGAGGACAGUCAGGCCUGGGAGGGCGCGUCUGAAAGCUAUACUGAUUGCUGUCAGUGUGCGCGCGGCGGGCCACUUCCAUCGCAGGGCUGUGUGGGAUGGGGGCAGAGGCUGAGGAAGGAGGGGGGGGGUGGAGAUAAGCGGCGAAGGAAGCGAUGA